CAUGGGUGAUCCCAUUUUCGUUCAGGACAGCGUUGGUGCAAGGUCGAUUUAUGCUUGAAAGUCUGAAAAGCACUGAAACAUGGAGCUUGAGAGGAGAAUAUUAGUACUUCGGAAUGCCCUGAUCCUCUGCGUGCUGCUCGCCUUCAUAUUCAUGAUUGUUGCGGAAGCUUCUACCACAUGGUUCGACAACACGUUCAUGGACCGAGAAUCUGUGGGGAGGUUUCGCUUCGACGAGCUAUGGAUAGCAAGGAGCGGUCUGUGGCGCCACUGCCGGGGCCUGCAAACUUUCCCCGACACGAUAUUCGCACGGGAGGUGACGUGUAGAAAAUAUGACUCCGCUGCAAGAGGUUUUACAGGUUCUCUUCGAUCAGCACAAGCCUUUUCGGUGAUAGCCGUGUUGCUAUUGGGAUUCGGUGCAAUAUGGUCUGUUUUGCUUGAGCUGAGGAUGAUCCUGCAGGCAGUGUUCCGGAUCCAGGCACCUAGUGCGCAUGCGGACACGCUGCAGAAAGUUGCACAGCUUGGACCUCGUGUGCUGUUUUCCGCUGCUGCUAUAUCUAUGGGGCUAGCAGGGUUUGCUUUCCUCCCAUUCGCCUACGGUGAAGACAUACCCAAGGGUCGAUCUGACUUCCCGGUCCGAUUUGGCGGGGGCUAUGCUAUAGUCUGGCUGAGCGUUGUGGUGUCGGUGGUCGCUGCUGUCAUCGCACACUUUCAUCACAACGACAUUAUGACUGUGCCUACUCAGAAGAGUCCAGACGCCUCAGAGCCGACGCAGAUCACAGGUGGGAAUGUGCCAGGGAAUGAUAGUGGUGCUGUAGCAUCACCCAGCGUCGUUCCAGUGGCAUCACCCGUCAGUAUCCCAGUCGCCAUGCCGGUACAGCCUCCCGUGUCCCUACCAAUGGACGAACCUAAGAAACAACCCUUGACGUCUCCGGUCAAGUCACCGAGAAAAUCCCCAGUAGCUCCGCCACGAAAAUCAUCUAUGGAACCGCCAAAGAAACUUCCGAUAACGCCACCUAAGAAGGCACCCAAGCCUUUACCCAACGCCACUCAAGCAUCCAACGGCAACGCAUGAUUCAUGAUAAAAUAAUGUUAUUGUUUAUGUCCUUGAGGACUUCAGCACACAUUCUAUCCUAUUCAAACACGUGGCUCAUUGACUGUUUAGGCUGCAUCACUGCCC